GGUGUUCGCACCAUCCCAUGAAGGAUAUUGAAGAGGGGCUCGUUCGAGAAUAGGUACGUCUAUAGGGGUUGCCGCAUACCGUUGAAGCUCGCAGUGGGCCUAUCCAUGAAAGCCCCUCAUACUUAAUCUUACAUCCAUUGUCCUCUCGGCCGCAUUUUUUAUGUUUCGAAGAAUCUCAACGCCUCGGCCCUCGUUGCAAUGGCUCUCGGAAUCAUCGAACCAAAAACAAACCAGCGGCCGCCUGGGACCGAAUUAUUGUUUGACACUGCGGUGGCAGAUCCUGAGCACCACCAUGAGCACUCGCGUCUACAGCACAGCGAAGGCAAAAAGGGGGACAUCAUACUAGUUCCACAGCCGUCGAACGAUCCGAAUGACCCACUCCUUUGGCCACGCUGGAAGCGCGAAGCCUCAUUCGCAUUUCUCUUUUUCAAUUGUAUCAUCUUUGCAGCAUGUCCCGGCCCAAUGAUAGCGCCAGCAACGGUAGCGUUGGCAGUCGAGCUUGACGUUCCCAUUAAGAAGGUUGCGCAACUUUCUGGGUAUCAACUGCUCAUCGUCGGAGCACUCGGCCCAUUCGUUUCAAUCUUCGCACAGAAGUACGGCAAGAGGCCACAAUUCCUAUUCGCUUCGAUCUUCGGAGUCAUUGGUACCGGGAUCUGCAUUGCAGGUUUUGAUCAGAAGAAUCUUGCAAAGUCGUACAAUGUGCUGCUUACUGGUCGAAUGAUUCAGGGCAUCGGUACGACCGCGUACGAAUCGCUGUCUGUCGCCGCGAUUGGUGACAUGUUCUUCCUCCACCAGCGUGGGUUGCGUACUGCCUUGUUGGUCCUCACGUUGGCAUGUCUUUCAAGCUUCGUGGCGAUCAUCGCAGGCACAGGUUUCCAGAACCUUGGAGCCCGUAAUCUUUUCGUGAUACUCUUACCGAUUCAGAUAUUUGGUACUUUGGGCACGUUUUUCUUCUUGCCUGAAAGUCAAUUUGUGCGGAAUGAAACGUCCAUGCCGGCAGCGUCAUCGGAAGAAAUCGAAGCAAAGAAUGGCGACCACACGGUAGCCAAACAGGAUUCCAUCGACCGAACAACUACGAAUACGAGCACUAUCCCGAAGCGUAGUUUCGUGCAAGAUCUCCGUCCAUACUCUGGGGUUAUCUACAAUUCAGACGGUACCUUCAAGCUCCUGGGCGAGAUCUUUGUGCAUCUGCUAAACCCCGCGGUGAUCUGGAUCCAGAUCGUCAGCGCCGUACUCGUUUCCUUCUUCGUCGGAACCGCGUACACGUUGGCCCAAAUCUUCACCCCGCCUCCGUAUUCCCUCAACGUCGCACAAAACGGCUUCUUCUUCACCGGCGCACUUGUCGGCGGCAUACUCGGUAUCUCCGCCGGCCCAAUAUGCGACUUCACCGCCCGCUUCUUGUCGCGCAGAAACAAAGGAAUCUACGAGCCCGAAUUCCGCAUCCCCGUCUGUCUGCUCGCGGUAGUCGUCUUCGCGAUCGGUUGGUUCACAUUCGGAUGGGCUCUUGAUCAUCCUGCCAAAGGGCGUGUUGUACUCUGCUCGUUCUGCUACGGCGCCAUAUGCUUCGGGACGAGUGUUGCAUCCACAUCUGGUGGACUAUAUAUCUUGGACUCCUUCAAAAGCUACUCCACCGAGAUCUUCAUCCUCCAAAUGAUGAUCAAGAACUUCCUGUUCUACGCAUUCAGCACCUUCAUCAAUGAAUUUGCGGCCAAGGAGGGGCCUGGCCACAUGUGUCGGGUCUUCGGAAUCGUGACGGUGUGCGGGUUCGUGAGCUGCAUUCCCAUGUAUAUGUUCGGUAAGGUUAACCGGGUGUGGGUACAUAAGCUUUGGUCGAAGUAUUUGCACACGAAACUUUGAGAUUGGUGUCGCGAAGACCGUUGUUCUGGAUAAGAGCUGCUGGGAUGGGAUGGGAUUGCAAUUGCGCGGAUAGAUUGCGUAACUGGGAGAAAUCUAAUGUUGACAUAAAAGUUUUUGUCGAG